AUGGCUAAAGAAAUCGAAGUUGACCCGUCCACCACCGCUCUCGCCCUUGAAAACGAUGCUUACGACUCCGAAGAUGAUUCCGACUUCCAACUUGACGAAGCCGACGUCGCAGACGACGAUUCAGGCCUUUCCUCCUCAGGUGACGAAGAUGAGGCGGAUAAUAUCAGACCGACUAAGAAGCGAAAGAUCGAUACUUCUCACAGGAGGGGCCCGAAGAAACGAAAAGGCGACGAUGAAAAUCAAAUGGAACUCGAUUCUGGGGAUGAAGCUACGAUACUAAAAGCGAAAAGCAAAAAGCAAAAAAAAAAGGGGGCGGAAGAUGGAGAGGAAGAAGAGCUUGAGAUUGAAUUGUCGGAGAAUGAAGGAGGAGGGUUUGUGAAGACUAGGGCUAUGAGGAUGAAGAUGCAAGAAGAUCGCAAACCCCUCGCAAAGAUAGACGGUGCGACAAUUGAUGUUGAUGCUUUAUGGGCCAAGAUGAAUGCUCCAAACACAGAUUCGGGUCUGUUACCGAGCCAAAAACCCGCACCACCAGACGAGCUGGUCCAGGAACCGUCAAAGGACCAGGAAAUCGAAAAGCUUUCUACAGAUGGAGCUGCUCACGACAAACUGCCUUCUGAGAACAUGAUAAAAAUAAAACGAACAUACAAAUUCGCCGGCGAAAUCCACACAGAAGAGAAACUGGUACCUCGAGAUUCGGCCGAAGCAAAACUAUACCUAGCCGAAACCACCGGCGAAAAGUCGAUUGACUCAGCAGAUACAUCACAAGGUGAAACAAUCAUUAUAAAACUACGUCGACCUCUCCGGAAGAUAUCACGUUUCGACCCCAAUCCGUCGGGUGUCAUUAAAAAGAGCUGGGAGAAACAAGCGGUGCGAGCUGUGUCGAGCGAAGCAGAUGAACUCAAGGGACCGAAACUCAACACCGUUGAGAAAUCGCGGCUUGAUUGGGCGCAAUAUGUCGAUGAGGCUGGUAUCAAGGAUGAGCUUAAUGUGCACAGUAAAGCGAAGGAGGGUUAUUUGGGUCGCAUGGAUUUCUUGAACAGAGUAGAUGCGAUCAGGGAGGAAGAGAGGAGAAAUAUUCGACUCAAGGGGUUAUAG